UUGCUUGGGAAUGCAGCCCCAAUUGGGUGGUAAGUCCCAUCCAAGGCAAUAUAUGUGCGAGGGACCGAUAGCGAAGAAGUACCGCGAGGGAAGGAUGAAAAGAACUUUGAAAAGAGAGUUAAAGAGUGCUUGAAAUUGCCGAGCGAGAAGCGGAUGGAGGGGAAGUCGUGCGCUCCCGUCUGGGCAGGGGUGGACGGCGACUGUGUUGUCGCCCCCCUUGUUGGACGUGGGGUGCCUGCUAGCAUGGGCUGCAGUGACCGGCGUUGCGGUGGGGAGCGAUUGAAACCCCCCACGGGUGGCCGUCACGGCAGUUAAGGACCUUGAGCACGCGCCUCUUUCGGCGGUCCCGUUCGGGUUCCUGCGUGUUCGAGAUGCUGGCGAAAUUCCUCUAUCCUGCCUGUCUUCAAACACGGAUCGAGGAGUUCAACGUGCAUGCGAGCCGGUGGGUGAUUAGCCCAGGAGGCGGAAGAAACCUGAGUGGCGGGAACCCUCUGCGGUUGCACCGUCUGCCAACCACGAUCUGCUGUGAGAGGUUUGAGUGUGAGCAUGCCCGUUGGGACCCGAAAGAUGGUGAACUAUGCCUGAGUAGGGCGAGGCGAGAGGAAACUCUGGUGGAGGCUCCCAGCGAUACUGACGUGCUAAUCGUUCGUCGGACUUGCGUGGAGGCUUUCCGUCCGUCCGGGCGUGUUGGAAGCGUGGUGCAUUCGUUUCUCUCUUCACCCGCAUUUCUCGAUGGAGAGAUGAGGGUGUGCACUUUGCUGUCGGUACGUUUUGGGCGGGCGGUGGCAUCCGGCUGUGGGCCGAAGCUGUCGGUGAUUCCUUCGCGCGUUGUUGUUCGGGUAGUGUGGUUAACUUGCGAUCACUGGGUGUGGUGUGGGCGGGUGCGGUUCGCAGCCAAUCUCUUGGGCGGRUGCGGCGGGCUGUGUUGGAUUGUGCGGUACCUUGCUGUUGGAGAUGGCCUACGGAGGGAAGUUCACCUGCAAUUCAAACAGUUGGACUUCGCGGCGUCUCAGCAGCUCAUUGCACGUUCCACGAUUGUUCGACGUUCUUUUGGUAGGCGGUCCGGCGUGACGUGCCUACGUGCGGCUCGGCCAUCGCUCCUUACGUCACACCCGCUACCAGGUUGAUCCUGCCAGUAAUCAUAUGCUUGUCUCAAAGACUAAGCCAUGCACGUCUAAGUGUGAACACUUUGCACUGUGAAACUGCGAAUGGCUCAUUAAAUCAGUUAUCAUUUAUUUGGUGGUCUCCUUACCACUCGGAUAACCGUGGUAAUUCUAGAGCUAAUACGUGCAGCAUAUCCCGAAUUCUGGAAAGGAUGUAUUUAUUGGAUAAAACGCCAAUCGGGGC